UCCCGUUAAACUCCUUCUUCCGCUGUUGAAAUCGGUUCAGGGUGAGUGUUCAUUCACCUCCUCCUGGGACCACACGCAGCAAACUGGAAGCUGUAUUGACUCGGACCGACGAGAGACAUGGAUAACGGGUUGUCCCCCUCGACCGGAGACACUGAGCUGGACCGGGCCGUCCAGCAGUGGCUGGAGUAUGACAAGAACCCCAAAACGGUGUCGAUGGUGCAGAACCUGGUGAAGGAGGGAAAAGUAGACAGCCUGAAGAAAUGUUUCUCCUCCCGGAUGGAGUUCGGCACCGCGGGACUGCGAGCAGCCAUGGGCCCUGGCGUAUCCUGCAUGAAUGACCUCACCAUCAUCCAGACCACGCAGGGUUUCUGUCGCUACCUGGAGCAGAAGUUUGAGAACCUUAAGGAGCGAGGGGUGGUGAUUGGCCACGACGCUCGGGCCCACCCGCCCAGCGGCGGUGGCAGCAGGCGAUUCGCCAGCCUGGCUGCAGCCGUGUUCAUCAGCCGAGGGGUUCCUGUCCACCUGUUCUCUGACAUCACCCCGACACCCUUUGUGCCUUUCACUGUUUCCCAUCUGCGUCUGUGUGCUGGUAUCAUGGUGACCGCCUCACACAACCCCAAACAGGACAAUGGCUACAAGGUGUACUGGGAGAACGGGGCCCAGAUCGUUUCUCCUCACGAUAAAGGUAUCGCUGCAGCUAUUGAGGAGAACUUGAAGCCUUGGCCCGAGUCCUGGAACACGGAGGAGGCCCUGAAGAGCCCGUUGCUUAAAGAUCCGCUCCAGGACAUCAACACGCAGUACUUCAAAGCCAUCCAGAAGCACUGUCAUCACAGGGAGAUAAACAAGAAGUCGGAGGUGAAAAUCGUGCACACGUCUGUGCACGGCGUCGGUCACAACUUUGUCCAGUCGGCUUUCGAGGCCUUCGACCUUCAGCCUCCGUACGCCGUGGAGGAGCAGAAAGUUCCCGACCCCGAGUUUCCCACCGUCAAAUACCCCAAUCCUGAGGAGGGGGAAGGAGUCCUGACGCUGUCGUUCGCUCUGGCGGAGAAGGAGGGAGCCUCUGUGGUGCUGGCGAAUGACCCUGACGCUGAUCGCUUGGCCAUCGCUGAGAAGCAGGAAAGUGGACAGUGGCGCGUGUUCUCUGGCAACGAGUUGGGGGCGCUGCUCGGCUGGUGGAUGUUCCGCUGCUGGAAAGCGCAGAACCCGGACGCCGCCGCCGUGAAGAACCUCUACAUGCUGUCGAGCACCGUCUCGUCCAAAAUACUGCGCGCCAUCGCUCUGAAGGAGGGCUUCCACUUCGAGGAAACACUGACAGGGUUCAAGUGGAUGGGGAACAGAGCCAGAGAACUUUUGGAUCAGGGCAAGACUGUUCUCUUUGCCUUUGAGGAGGCUAUAGGUUACAUGUGUAGUCCCUCUGUUUUGGACAAGGAUGGAGUGAGCGCUGCGGCGAUAGCAGGAGAGAUGAUUUCUUAUCUGGCCACUAAAAGCAUCAGCCUCUCUCAACAGCUCACCACGAUCUACGACGAGUACGGCUACCACAUCAGUAAGAACUCCUACUUCAUCUGCCACGACCAGAACGUGAUCCGCGGCCUGUUCGACCGCCUGCGCAACUACGAGGGCCAGAGGGACUGGUACCCGUCCGAGUGCGGCCGCUUCGCCGUCUCCGCCGUGCGGGAUCUGACCACGGGCUUCGACAGCAACCAACCCGACAAAAAGGCUGUUCUUCCCACCUCCAGUUCCAGCCAGAUGAUCACCUUUUCUUUCUCUAACGGCGGCGUGGCCACCAUGAGGACCAGUGGCACUGAGCCAAAAAUCAAAUACUACACAGAGCUGUGUGCUGCUCCUGGCAACAGCGAUGUGACGCACCUGAAGGAGGAACUGGACGAGUUGGUUGACGCCAUCAUUAAAGACUUCUUUGAGCCAGAGAAGAACAAGCUUCAGCCCAAACCAGUGUAGCACUGACAGACGCACAGUUACAACAAGCAGGACGAGCUGACCAGCGUUUCACAAAUUGUCUUAAUUACUCCAGAAGAGAUUCUUGGUUUAGUACAGGCUCUUUUUUUUUUCUUUUUUCUUUUAAACAAAUCUGACAUUAUAUCUGUGCCAUUCUUACCAUUAAGCAUCAGAUCUCCAUUUCUACUUCUAUCCUUUUUUUUUCUUUUUUUUUUUAAUAAUCUACAGAAUUCAUGGCUUCAUGGAGCCUUCGGUUUGAGUUUAUCUGUCCAGGAAGUGAUGCACGGAUUCAGUGUACCUUGUGCUGAAGAUUUGAGAUAAAAUGUUGGACCAUUCUAGAGACACAUUCCUGAUGUCAACUUUAUUCGCCUUUAUUAUGAUUCUGCACUGCUUGGGCAUUAACUGCACUGCUGCUAAUAUAAAGAGUUAAAAGAGAGCGGACUGCUGGAACUAUAACUUAACUGAACAUUGAAAACUAUUGUUUAAACUUUGAAUGCGUAAUAUCUUAAUUAAUAGAAAUAAACCGCACUGAAAUUGGUGAUAUAUUAUUGUGUUAGUGCAGUAUGUGGAGGGAAAAAUGGCCACUGUGGACUGCAGUGAUGCUGGUGUGGAGAACGAACGAGCCUAAAAGCUUAGAGCGCCACUAAGUGGACAGUUUGUAUCGGAUUUACAUACACCCACGACCUACACCAUGAUCCAUGAUCUGAAUAAAUGUUACAACAUAUCAAGUUGAAAUUCA